UUAAACCUUGCUUGCAGUGAGUGUCGUAUUUCGGCAGCAGUUGAAUUUGCGCCUGCCGCGGCGUUACAGUCGCUAAUCGAGUCGUUUGAAAGAAGUGAAGGUGCUCGCGUGCAGCGAACCUCGCGCCUCGCGCAUUUAUCUCGCGCACAUCCCUUCGCGGUCCUCCAGAGACGCUCUCGGUCGUUCGUCGAGCUCUGCGGGUGCGAUCUUCCCUGGGUUAGCAGACAAGGACAACUUGACCAUCAUGCACAAGGCGAAGAUCCACUUUUCGGCCGGUGACCGUAUUACAUUCGGCGGAGACGAAGAAGACGAGGUUCCGCUCACCCAACCGGAAGCCCGCGGUUCCUUAUGGAGCGGUCAGGCCUCGGGUUCGCAGUCCGAGGUCACUUUCCAGGGAGGGCGGCGCCCGGCAUGGCCAAAAUCGAAAACUCAGCCGCGUAGAAGCCACUCCCGGUCUUCACUGCAGCGGCAGGACGAGGGCCGCCCUUUCUCGAGGCUCCGCAGGCGCUCGAGGAACUCCCGGGCCACCGGCGUCAAGUUCCACCACUGGACCGCGCUGUGGAUCGUUCAGAUGACUGCCGUCGUAGUCACAUUCGUUGUGGCAGCGCUGGUCGCUCUGACGUAUGUGCUAAGGGAAGCCACGCUUAAGGCAAAGGAAGCUCACGAUGCCGGUAGCGCCAUGGACAUCGACGACAUCGGCAACGUCACGAACAUCACUGCUGCGCUUCUCGGGGACCGCUUCGGCGCUGCAGACUUGGGCAACACCAGCCUGGAGGCAGCCGUGGUGCGCGGCCCUGGCUCCUCUUUCACCGGCAGCGACGAGCUCUCCACGCACGACGCAGGUCCACCCUUGAGGCAAAGAGCUGGCGAACGGCCGAUUCCGAAACACCCCUCCAAGACCGUGCGUGGCGCCGGACCGAAGGGAAAGCAACGCAGCAGUUUGCGCCAGCCCGGUAACGAAGAGAACAAACUACGCCAGGAGAGCGAGGCAUCACAGGUACAUACCAUCGAAAGCGCGGCACAGAAGACCUCCGUGGAAACCUGAAAAACAGAUCCGUGGCUUCAGGACUUAACGUCAGGAUUUAACACCACCCUCCAUCAGCCUGACGCGGCUUCAGUGAAUGGACGUCGUAGUGGGAGUGACAAUAAAGGCCAUGUCCUGCGGUGUUUCUGUA